CUUUAAGACCACAAAACUCACCUAAUCCAUCCUUUGGAAAUUCUACACCAACCAACCACUACUAUGUUAAUUAUCAAAGAUUAUCUCAAAAAUCUACCUAUCUAUUAUAUUCCCAAGUUCCAAAACUUUACUUUGUUAUUAUCAAUAAAAAAGAAAGAACAAAAAUCAAACCCUAGGCCUCUAUUUAUAGUCUAUACUAUAUAAUAAACAAUCACAAGCAUCGAAAUCAUUAUUAAUAUGGGUUCAACGAAAUGCAUCCUCCUAAUAAUCUCCGUUGCCUUUAUCAUCGGCGAUUCAAAUUCAACGACGAGGAGUGUUUACCAAGUUCUGGAAUCGUACGAUUUCCCACAAGGGCUGCUGCCGAUAGGAGUGACGAGCUACGAGGUUGAGGAGAGCAGCGGCAAGUUCAGUGUGAAGUUAAACAAGAGCUGCAGCCUGACAAUAGAUGGGUACGACCUCAAGUACAAGACCAAAAUAAGUGGCACCAUUUCAAAAGACAAGAUUAAGAAUCUGAGCGGUAUUCAAGUGAAGGUUCUUUUGUUCUGGGUUAAUAUUAUUGAGGUCACUAGGGAUGAUGAUGAACUAGAUCUUUCCGUUGGUAUUGCUUCCGCCACUUUCCCCGUUGAUAAUUUUUACGAGAGCCCACAAUGUGGUUGUGGAUUUGACUGUGUAUUCUAUUCACUCAGUAGUAGCAAUGUCCUUGCCAAGACUACUAUUAAUUAGUAUUAUUAGCCGCUCCGAUCCGCUGGGAUAUAUAUUAAUUAAUUCAGCAAGCCCUUCACCUUUAUUUUGGAUUAAUUACUACUUUAAUUAGCUUCUGAUUAUUAAUUAGUAGUGAUAUCUGCUUGCUAAUCACAACCAUGAUUUUAGGAGAUAUAAGUUAUUUUAAUGUAUGGUUGCUGUAAUCUUCCUCUUAAUAAUAGCUUAACUCCUCUUUUUUAUAUUUCUUUUUGGACC